AUGCCAUUCCACGCUCUCAGAACAAUCCCUACCCUCUCUAAGGCUGUUAGCAGUAGAGCCACACCAAACUUUAUUCUCAUGAAACACUUAACUAAACAACCAUUGAAUGCUAAAUUACAACAAGAUUUUGUUAAUACUAUUAUUCAAGAACAAGUUGAUGUUAAAGAUAAACUUCCAUCAUCAUCGGUUUUCCAUUUACCUUUGAAGGGAACUGAAGAAUUGCCAUUCCACAUCUCACGCUCUCAAUUUGGUUCUCUCCCUAUUUAUUUGGAUUAUAAGAACGGAAGAACAAAAACAUUGACUGUCAUUCGUAAAGUUAAAGGAGAUGUUGCCAAAUUACAAGAAGAUAUUGCUAAAAUUACUGGUGAAGAAGUAGUCUUGAGAGCCGGUAACAUUUUGGAAGUCAAGGGUAACCACUCUAGAAUUUUGAGAUUAUACCUUCGUGCUGCUGGUUUUUAA